AUGGUGCAGCCACGCGCAAUGGGCGAGAAGAAGACGGCGGGGAAGCGGUCCAUCCGGAUCCAGCGGAUAGAGAACAAGGAAAGCCGGCUGGUGACCUUCUCGAAGCGCAAGUCGGGCCUGUGGAAGAAGGGCUCCGAGAUCGCCGUGCUCUGCCGCGUCCGGAUCGCCCUCCUCGCCAUCUCCGAGGCCGGCAAGGUGUUCGCCUUCGGCAGCCCCUCCGUCGACGCCGUCCUGGGCGGCGACGCCGGCGCCGUUCCUGCUGACGACGGCGCGGGGUGGGAGGCGGUGGAGGCGCUGUACCGGGAGACGGAGGGGAAAGUCAGGGAGGUGGCGGCGGAGAGCGCGCGGAUGGACGCCGUCGGGGAGAAGGUGCGGCAGGCGCAGGCGCAGGCGGGGAAGCGGUUCUGGUUUGAGGUGGACGUGGAGGCGCUUGGGGCAGAGGAGCUGCCUGUGUUCGCCAUGGCGCUCCAACGCCUCAGGGAGAACGUCGGCCGCCGCAUUGAAUUUUGCCUACACUCCGCCGCCGCCGCCAAAGUAGGACAGAACAGGGCACCCUUCAGCUAA